AUGGAUGAACAAAAUGUGGUCUACCUAUUCAGUCUGACGAAGGAAGGAAAUUCGAACACAUGCUAUCGUAUGAAUGAACCUGGAGAAAUCAGGAGACGCGCGCACCCUGGCACAGUGGGUCAGCCGCCACCUGUGACGGAAGCACCCCAGGGGCUCCGCCAAGCAGACACUCUACAGGAGAAAAAUAAGACCCUUUUCCUGCGUUACCCCGACCCGAGGCGGCCUUUCACGGCUCCGGUAGACACAGAGCCGUGCGCUCCCGGGGGCGCCGGGGCUCCGCGACGGCCCCGGCCGCAGCCCUCCUCCACGCCAGGCAGGCGCUGCCUCAGCACCGGCCGCCGCGCGCGCGGGACCCCUCCCCGCCACCGCCCCGCGCCGCGGCCCCGCAGGACGGCGAGCCGAGGCGCCGCAGCACCGGAAGUCCGCGCCGCGGGGAGACGGCCGCAUCCACGCCCGCGCCGACCCGCACGAGCGCGCGCGCGUGCGCAGUCGCGCCCCGGGCGUCUGCUCUCCUUCCCACGACCUCCCCUCCGGCGCCUGCGCACUGAGUCCGUCCUCUCAGGCCCGGAAGGCUGCGGCGACUCACAGCCUCACGGGCCGACUGCCGCUCGCUCCGAGACCCGCCGCCGCUCUCCCGUCCCGGCCUGGCAGGCGCGCGCCCACCGCGGGGCGCCGGCGAGGCUUCCGGGGAGCUCGCGGGCGCCCAGCAGCUCGGGCGGCGGGAGCGGCGGCAGCGGCCAGGCAGCCCAGCUCCGCGAAGGCUCUCGGCGCGCCGCGGCCCGCAGGCACCCGGCACGCGCCCUCCGCGCCGCCAGGAUGCCCAAGAGGAAGGUCAGCUCUGCCGAGGGGGCGGCCAAGGAGGAGCCCAAGAGGCGGUCGGCGCGCUUGUCGGCGAAGCCGGCCCCCGCGAAGGUGGAAACGAAGCCCAAGAAGGCCGCCGGGAAGGAUAAGUCAUCAGACAAGAAAGUGCAAGCAAAGGGGAAGAGAGGAGCAAAGGGAAAACAGGCCGAGGUGGCUAACCAAGAAGCUAAAGAAGACCUGCCUGCAGAAAACGGAGAAACGAAAAACGAAGAGAGUCCAGCCUCUGAUGAAGCAGAAGAGAAAGAAGCCAAGUCCGAUUAAUACCAUACACCAUGUGUUAGCAGUGCUCCCUGUCUCCCUUCUUGUACAAUCCAGAGGAAUAUUUUUAUCAACUAUUUUGUAAAUGCAAGUUUUUUAGUAGCUCUAGAAACAUUUUUAAGAAGGAGGGAAGCCCACCUCAUCCCAUUUUUUAAGUGUAAAUGAUUUUUUUUAAGAGGUGAAAUCAUUUGCUGGUUGUUUAUUUUUUGGUACAACCAGAAAAUAGUGGCAUAUUGAAUUCUGGGAGGCUUUGACUGUCUUGGGUGUCAGCUUAACAUUCCAUAGGUGGGGGUGGUUUUUAUAUCCUACAGUACAGCGCAUACUAAAUGGCAAUUUGGAGUCUCAAUUGUGCAUUUAAUCUGUCUUGAAUAUUUUCAGUUACUUCUCCCGUGUUUUGUAGAAUUGUUUUCUACAGAAAACCACUCCUUGUUCUGUCAGAACCAUGUGCACUCUGUAACAUCUUCGGUUGUGGUAGUCCAGUUUUCCUAAUGAUUUUGUUAAUGUGCCGUGAAAGAUUGAAAAUUUGAGUGUCGUGUAUAUGCUAUUAUAUUGUGAAUGGGUGGGAUUUAUGUAACAGCAUCUGAAGAUACUUGUACUUGAUAGCCUCUUAAGGAAGAGUUGCCUCCAAAUUUGAAGCUGGAAAGUCACUGGAAUAACUUUUAAAAAAAAGAAUGACAAUUCAUGGCUUUUUAGAUUUUUGGUACGUAUGUUAAGAAUUGUGUACAAAUUAAAAUGUGUGUGCUGAUUCUCAACACCAAUAAAAUCUCAAUUAUGGACAAAUGCUUUGAA